AUAGGUAUUGAAGAACGUUUAGUAAUAUAUAAUUUACUUCUCGAAAUUAGUAGUUUGACAAUACUAAAUAAUAAUUAACAAAAUUGUUGAUAUGUAUUAAAACUGUGCUUUAUGCGAUUUUUAAGUAUUUUAGUUUUAGAAUUAUUCGGGAGCGAGAAUAUUUGUGUUUCAAUAUCAUUUUUAUGUUUCUAUUCGUAAGUGGUAUUAAAACAUAUAUAGAUAUAGAGAUAUUUCAGAUUAUUAUAGGGAGGCUUCUCGAUCGAGGAUGCGUUUUUUUAUUCUUCUAUGUGUUGUGUUAUGUUUUGUUGGAAGUUGUAUUGGAAUGACGAGACCACAAGUCAAGAAAACGCUUCAAAUUAUGAAAAAACAAUGCAUUAGUAAAGUUGGCGUACCCGAAGAUAAAGUAGAAAACAUAGAGCAGGGAGUUUUUAUAGAGGAUCGCUUGGUCAUGUGUUAUAUUGCCUGCGUAUACAAAACCCUACAAUUGGUUAAAAACAACAAACUAGACAGAGAUCUAGUGGUGAAACAAAUCGACGCUCUGUAUCCACCAGAAUUGAAGGAAGGCACGAAAAAAGGUGUGGAUAAAUGCAUACAUACACAGGACAACUACAGUGAUUUAUGUGAGGCUACGUUUUAUGGAGCAAAAUGUUUGUACGAAUUUGAUCCACCGAACUUCAUAUUCGCUUGAUGAAUUUGUCGAAUUAUACAUAUACUUAUUGUGAUAAAUAUAUAUAAUUACUUUCUUA